AUGGCCGGCGCAGUCAUCAACACCGGCCUGGCCGCCACCAGCGUCGCUGCCAUCCAAACGCACGCCGCCCCCAAGCUCCUCUUCGCGGACUACCAGUGCAUCUGUGUCGCCACCGACGCCCUCAAGAGCAUCGCCAUGGACGCGGCCUUGCUGCUGCUGGUGGUCAUCGACCUCGCCGGCACGUCCAGCUCCACGGUCGUGGUCGGCUGCACCACGCCGUACAGGCUGCUCUCAACCAGCCCUCGUAUCGUGCUGGCCACCGCGCUGGUCCUCUUGGGGUGGACUGGAGCACUCGUCGCCCACACCCAAUCCGCCAAUCGUGGCACCUCGCAAACCCUACCCCUUUCCACCAAUCCUCACAGCCGCCACAAGUCUCCCUCUUCCUCCAUCCUCCCCUCCCGCAUCCCAUCCCCUCUACGCGGCGGCGGCGACAGCAGCUGUGGGCGCGCAGCGGCAGGCGUAGGCGGGCGGUGCAGGGAGGCGGACGCGGUCGGGCCACGGCGGCGGCAGGCGUGGGUGGCUGCGGAAGGGCGCAGCGGAAGCGAGCAGCGCCGGGCGUGCGCGGGGCGGCGCUGGAGGGCGCGGGGCAGGGCGCGGCCGGCGCGUGCGGUGCGUGAACGAGGCGCGCAUGGGGCGGCCAGGCGGGGCGAGCAGCAGCUUGGCGGCAGUAGCGCGCGCGGUUGGCGCCCAGAAGCAGCAGCGGGCUCGCGCGGGCGGCACGGGGCGCGGCGUGCAGAGCCGACGGGCGGUAGCGGGCGGGGCACAUGCGGCCGGGCUCGUGCGCGAGGCGCGGCCAGGGCGUGGCCUGAGGCGCCUAGGGUAGUUGGUGGUGGCUCGCCUUCCGUCCUCGAGCCCCACGCCCGUCCUUCUCUCUGCAUCGCCUCCUCUUCCUCCCCUCCAGGCCUCUCCACCGCGUCGUCACACCUAAACACCGGCGGGAUGAGAGUGAGGGCGGCGAGGGAGAGAGAGACAGGAGGGGAUUCGUGGCGCCAGGGGCUAUGGCGGCGGCAACAUUGGGAAAGGCAGGGGAGGAGGAGGCAGUGGCCGCUGAUGGAGAGGUGCCUCUCCUGCCAUCAAGAUGCAUCCAGAAUGGUGAUGACGAGCGGCCGAUCAGUGUGGCCAUGGUCUUACGAACGACAGAGGCUUCUCUCCCCCCGCCUCUCCUCUUGCCUCUCCUCCUGCCUCUCCUCCAGGUCACAGCUGAACCUCAUUGGAAAGAGAUCGGCCUGGCAGGCAUUUCGAUUUUCUGUCAUGCUUCUAGAUAUCAAACGUGGCUGAGAAAGUUCCAUUUUUAAAAGGGGCUGGAGCUCCAUGGCUUACAGAUCUAACGACCCCUGAUGCUCUUUGCAUAUUUCCCAUGAUAACAUCAAUGUUCGUCAUGCUUCCCUUUGAGGAGCGGCAGGUGCAGAUGCGUGUGCGAGGAGCGCCGUCGGUCGACCAGCGUUCUUUCUUCGUCAGGAAGGGUGCAGCCUGCUACUCAAGCCCCUCUCCUUCGCUCCUUGCAGAGGAGAGGCAUGGGCACCACCACACUUGAGAGAUGGACGAGGACAUGAAGCUUUCGUGGAGAGGACGAGGUGGCCGCCGCAGCACCCCCACGCCGCGGACGCGGAGAUUCCCAUCCUGUCUGCCCCCGAUAACCACUUCGGCGGCGCCAUGAACGGAAACAAUCGCCUCUUCAUGGCAGGCGCAGACCGCAUGGUCGUCUUCCUCUCCGGCUUCUUCUACACCAUCAGACUCAGACCCUCUCCCGCUCCCUCUCCCUCUGCAUCUCUAUAAAAAUAUGCUCAGGUCAACUAGGAGAUGAUGCAAGCCAAGGCGCUCACACCGAUUUAAGAUGGUGUGGGUGAUCAAUAGAAGACAAAUGAAUACACUGAUGGAAGGCCAUGUCAAAGUACCUUUCUAUUUUGUAUUUUAUUUUUGUUUAGGAUCUACUAUAAUUUCCCAAAAAGUUUUUAUUCCUGAAAUUCAUUGUACAUACAUGCUUGGUUUUACUUCAGUUAAUAUAUAAUGGGCAUUCUAUAAUUACUAAGAACUGAUAUGUGAGAGUGUGCCUCCCUGUUUUUGAAAAGAUAACUACUUUUGGUUAUAGAUCAUGACUAGAUUAAGUAGGCUUAUAUAAUAAUUUUUCAUUGUUCCACUCAUAGAAACUUAACUGCUGCAAUGUUAAUACAUUAUAGUCAUCCUUCACGACCUUGUGAUUGGCUGCCAUGUCUGCGCAAUAUCCUGUGACAUGUCGUAUGGUUAUUUUUUGCAACAAAGGUACCUUGUGGUCAGCGGACUUGCCAAGGUAGCGGUGUUUGACCUAGGGUUGUGGCCAUCAUUAUGCUUGAUCGCGAGAUGGCACUAUCCCCUGCGUUGCUGUGGUCAUUGAUGUGGGAGGAACGAUCGGUCAUCGCUCGAUCUCAAGAUGACCAUGACACCUAGGCUGUGGUCAUGUGGCCGCUGCCGACGGGGAAGCAUUCCCAUUAAUUCUGAAUCUGCAAGUUUGGAAUCAUCUCCCCCAUUCAGCUAAGCUACACAUAUUUUGCUUCUAUUUUUUUCUUUCUAGGUCUCGGACCAUCUCCAUUCUGGUAAAUACCUCAUCACAUAAACGUCAUUGGUCCCUGGUGUGCCCAUUCCCUUCCUUACUUUCUCCAUAUUGGUUAUGAUGCAUGGUCUCUUUCCAGCUAUGAGAAAUGAUAUACUGCAUACUGCAUACUAAUGAUAGGAUAGAUGAUUUAUGAUGUACUAUUUUAGAUAACGGUACUAAGUUUUUAUUCCAUAGAUGAUAUUUGGUUUUAUUCUACAUUUUUUUUCCUUUGCAAAGAUAGAUAUUAUAAGAGAUAAAUAGCAUGUACAUGUUAACCUUUUUUUGCGGGGAUGUACAGGUUAACCUUAUAUAGCCUUUUUUAUGAGCGAUAAUCUAACACUUACAAGAUCAUCUUAGGAUUUCCUAAUGGAUCCUGUACACAUUCCACCAAGGAUUAUUUUAGAUGCUAUGCUGAAAGACACUAUAGCUCCCAAAAUCUUUAUACUACACCCAGCCUACAGGAAACGUUGGUAUAGAGACUGUGACUGAGUUUUAUCCAUUUCUGCAGCACUUGCCAAAGAGCACUGUCAAGAGAUUUGUUUUUCGGUCUGAGUCAUCUUGCUACUUUUUCAGGUUUAUUUACAUAUGAAAUCACCAUAAUUUUUGCCAUGGCUCUGGUUCUAGAUAUAGUGCUUAAAAGCACUAUCCCAUCCUGAUUAUUUCCAUACAGUUUUUUGUCUCACUGAAUAUCGUCUUCGAGAACUGGGCAAUCUUUGAGUCCAUGAAGAGCACUCGCACGGUCAAGCACCAUGAGAUCUUCAUCCGCAACGCCGAGUGCGUUGUGCUCUUCACAGACCUUGAAGAUGAGGCCAGAGAGAUCCGCCGCCUACUGGGUUCGAUCGGAUGCCAUCGAUUUCACCCACCGCCAAUGACGACAAGGCCGGUGGCUUUGGCAUUGAGCGAUAUACUUCACCUCACACGUGAAGAAAUAAGAUUUUUGAGGAUUAGGAUUAUUAAUGAAAUAUAAUGAGCAUCUUUUACCACCAAUGGCCUAUGAAGUCUCACCGUAUUAAGACACAUGCAUCACUGUUAGUCAUCCAAGCAAAACCACAGUCAGAUAAAUCAGCUUAAUUAUUCUACUACUUCUUUCAGAUGACAGCUGUUAAACAAGAGGAGGUAGACACAACCAGUGAUACCAGCGGUGACCAAUUACCAAUGGUAAUUCUGAAAAACAUACUUAUGAUUGAUCAGUCUUUUUUUAUCACUUAUGCAUGCAAGUUGAUCAAUUAUGUAAUAAAACAAAUUCUUUCAGGGUCCAGUAGGUGUUCUGUUUGCUAUUCAUUAAUGCUCUGAUUUAUUUGCUGUUACAUGUAAAAGCACUGCUUACUGCUUCCCACUGACCAUAUACAAUAGAUAGUCUUUUCUAUCUUUCACGAGUACACACAAGCUAAUUAGCCCCUCUGUUUGUUUAUGUUGUCCUCUAUUUGCUAUUGCAAACUCUUACCAUGAUCUCCUUAUCUAUUCAACACAAACGAACCACUUGUCAGAAGCACAAUAAGGCAUACGAGUAAAUUCAUCGCCCAUGGAAAGCAAACUCAAUCCAAAAGUUCAAAGGCAAGAAAAUCCAUGGUAAGAGCUACAUUACUCUUCUCAUUCCAUCAACUCUCGCAACAACUACUAAAAGAUAUAACUUUGUACAACUUAACAUAGGUGAGCCUUGCAUCCACUACUUAGAUGAGUUUAGUCACCACAUUGUGUGGGCCAACACAGUUAAGCUCUACAACCAUAAUGUCCGUACACUGCGAAAGAUCAUCCGCAGCACCACCACGCCUGAUAACUACUAUGUGUGCCACAUGACAGAAACAUUUGCAACACAAGGCAAAAGAAUGUACUUUAGCGUUCCUUUUUCUAGGGGUUCCAUUUCCCACACAUGGAUGCUGACCAUGGUGAACUGCCAAUCACUACUGGAGACGGAACUGCCGCUGUCACGGCCCGCUUUAUCAAGGGUGUUGACAAAAGGGCAACCAUCACUGAAGGCUGGAGCGACUUCUUCCGUCAGGCACACAUGAACGAAGGGCAAGUAUACGCUUUCGCCUUCAAAUGCACUUCCAAGGGACUGUGCCUGAUCGUCUACUCAAUAUAAGCAAGUUGCAAGAGCCCCUUGUUAUAUAACUUAGUAUUAGUAUAGAUACCUACCAAGACUUCCGUGUUUAUCAUCCUUUUGGAUCUUAUGUAAUCCCCUAAGACCAUCCUGUGCAUUUAGCUAUCGGUUAUUUGCUGCUUAGACUGCUAUGUGGUAUGCUUUUGAAACAACCUUGAUGGAAGAAAUAUAUGCUAUCAUCUUUAAGUGCA